CAUUGUGGAUAGAGAAAUAUUUUAUAAUAUCAAGUUCUUAUGCUUUAUAGUUGAAAGGUUGCAUUCAAGAAGCUACCAAAUGAAAGGAAAAAGCGAUAGAGAAACAAACAAUUGAAGUCGGGGCGGGCCCCACACACACUCUCUCUUAAUCCCCAUUCCUCACACCCAACACAAGUACACCACACCUCACCUCACACACUAGUUAGAGCUUCUUCCCACUUCCUCCGCCGCCACCGCCACCGCCACCACCACCGAUGGCGGAUCCGAAAGCCUACUGGUGCCACGAGUGCGACAUGAGCGUGUCCCUGACGCUCCCACCCUCCCCUCUCCUCUGCCCGCACUGCCACACCCACUUCCUCGAGCUCAUGGACUCCCCAACCCUCUCCCAAAACGACACCGAAUCCUCCCUCUUCGACGUCGUUUUCCAAGACGCUCUCUUACUCCUCAACCCCCCUUCCUCAAAACCCCGCCCCCUCCCCUCCCUCCACGUCACCCCCUCCCUCCUCUCCUCCCUCGACCCCAACGGCGUCGUUCGCUGCGCCGUCUGCAAAGACCAAAUUACCCCCCACGCCGAAGCCAAACAAUUACCCUGCAAACACUUAUACCACUCCGAUUGCAUCACGCCGUGGCUCGAACUCCACGCCUCGUGUCCGCUAUGCAGGUUUCGGUUGGAAGAAGAGGAUGAAGAAGGCGGUGACGGCGUUAUGACGAAGAUCAGGAGGGAGAUUAUUGCCAGGCUGACGGUGCUGACGGAAGAGGAUUUCUACGGGCUGAGGACCACGCUCAACCACAUUGCCUCGCGCCACGCGCUCAUCCAAGAGAACGAGAAUCGCGGCGCCCAGAUUGGGGAAACUCAAGGUGGCGAUUCGGCUUGCUGAUCAUAUUGGUUCAUAAGGUAUAUAGUGUAUUAAAAUAAUGUUGAAGUUGUAUCACCAUAGAUCGUCUUUUCAAGUGUAAAUCUGCACCGACGAUUAUGCUGCUGUUCUUUUCCCUCCUUUUUUGGGAAUCUCCAACUAGCUAGGUCUAGUGCUAUAGCUAAAAAAUACAAUAAAUUGAUGGAGUGCACGGGUAAUGUGCACUUCUCUACCCAUCUUCCACUCUCUCUAUGUUGGUCCUUGUAACUGGAUUUCCUUAGCCAAAUUUCUUGUGUAAAACUUAGCUUUCUUUUAUGUUGUGUCUGAAUUGCCCAAGUGGAUGAUGGAUCCUUCCCACUGAAUCAUUUCGUUCCCAAUUUUUUUGCUUUGGCUUUACAGUAGAUGCUAUUUUUUCCUGCCAAUGUUGCUGUAGUUACGGUAUGAGAUAUUGAGAUUGUUGAGAGAUUGAAUCAUUUGAGUGUUGUUGUGUACCAUGGAAGAGCCUUAAAAUGCAUACUUUGUUGUGGUGUGUAA